UGUGCAACGAACCGACCAAGUCGACUCUCACUCAUCCGUGCUGACAAGGCAAUCAAUCACAACACAUCUCGUUCUGUUCGUUUCGACACUUACGUACUUGCUUCGACGUUUGCUCGACAAUGACGGCGUUCAUCGCAGCCAUUUUGAUCACUCUGGGCGGAGCUUGCGUGACAGCAGAGUUUAUCCAGCAAUGGACUCAGACGGAUGCGAGUGAGGCUCUUGGUGUUGUUUACGAUCAGCACUCGGACGGUGUUAUCGCCAUCGGAUCGAAACGCAUCGCACAGACAUCCAAUUCGGAUGCGCUUUGCGCCUUAUUUCGUGCCUCCACCGGAGCUCUAAUCUGGCAAAAGGAGAUCCACAUGAACACUAACGACCGUGCGACUGCUGCAGUAGCCGACGUUGAAAGCAUUUUUGUCGUCGGGACCGAACAGGGUGGCACACAAAGUGGCAGUUUUGCUGUGAAGCUUAACAAAACCGACGGAUCUCUCAUAUGGAGCGUGCAGGCCGGCGGAUCCGGGUCGGUAAAUCGCAAUGCCAAAGCGGUCGCUCUAUCCAACAAUGGCAGUCUUCUCUUCCUCGCCGGAAGUCUGUGCGAUUCGGGUGUCCAACUGGAUGGCGCGAAGUGCUACGCGUAUGUCGAAACACUGAGGGUAUCAACCGGUGCGAGUGUCGGAGUCCAUAAAUUUGGACCCGGAAAUGCGGAUGAAGUGCGAGCUGUUGGGGUGGACAGCAGUGGGGGUCUCUAUCUAGCCGGUCGCACUAAGGGCGCGCUGUCUAACCUUCACAGUGAGGCAGUUGCUGCUCAAAACGGUCAAUACGAUUACUUUCUUGUCAAAAUGAGCGCCGCAACGGGAGCCAUCCAAUGGAGCCAGCAAGGAAAAGGAACUGCAAACGACAUGGCAAACUCAUUGGUGAUUUACUCGAAUUUUGUUUACAUCACGGGCGUUAGUUAUCAUCUCUCUCUUCCGUUUGCCUUCUGGUCGUCGUUUGAUUUGUCGGACGGAAGCAGGAGGGACGAUUUUAAUGGAUUGGCUGGAGAGGCGCACAGCAUUGUGAUCACUCCCGGACUUCAGGGUGUAGACGGGCCGUUUAUUACCGGACAGGACGGAUCGCAGCUUUUUGUGCAUAAGUAUCAGCUUGGACGGAAAACGGUUGCUAAGCACUCUGUUGCAGCAAACGCUGGGAAGACGUUGGGAGGUGGAUACUCGGCUUUGGUUACUGCAGUGGAUGGAGGGGGAAUUAUAGCUAAAGCGAUUGCAAUUGGUGGUACUCAAACGGCCACUUCAACUGCAGAGAAGUCUUAUGUUGUUCAACGGCUGGAAUUGAUCAACAAUUGUAGUGCGAGUAUCUGCGGUCAGAACGGUGACUGCAUUGAUCUCAUCGACGACUUCCAAUGUCGCUGUCAUGCUGGAUAUGAAGGUGAAAGCUGUGAGAAUGAGAUCGACGAGUGCCAGACAAAUCAGUGUCAAAACAUGGGAAGUUGUUUGGAUGGAAUAGCAUCAUAUACUUGUGUCUGUACGCCCGGAUUCACUGGGGUGCAUUGUGAGGUAGACAUCGACGACUGUGUUCCCAACCCAUGUGUAAACGGUAGCUGCAAUGAUUUGGUUACUGAUUUUCACUGCAUCUGUGACUCCGGAUGGGAAGGAAAGACGUGUGCAAAGAAUAUUGACGAUUGUAGAGGCAUCAGCUGUGGCCCUGGUGUUUGCCAUGACUUGCUUGCAGCAUACACUUGCACAUGUCCUGCUGGAUUUUCCGGGCAACAUUGCGAGAUCAACAUUGAUGACUGUGCAUCCAAUCCGUGCAUGAAUGGUGGUCAAUGUGUUGACGGUAUCGACUCGUACACGUGCAUGUGCUUAUCCGGGACAUCGCCUCCUAAUUGUGUCGAUGACGUCAACGAGUGUUUGCCCUCUCCGUGCCUGAACGAAGGCGUUUGUACACCCGGAAUUGGAACGUUUACUUGCAAAUGCAAACAAGGCUAUGUUGGGCAACGUUGUGAGGCUGCGGCAGGUCAUUGUGAUUCGAAUCCUUGCCAAAAUGGAGGGAAAUGUUCUGUCCUGGCGUCUGGAUUUUACUGCACGUGUCCUAGAGGUUUCAAAGGCAGAAUGUGUGAAAACCAAAUGCCAACUCCCUGCCAGUUAUCUCCUUGUCAGAACGGAGGCACUUGUUUCGCCACCACCACCGAGUCAUUCACAUGCACAUGUCGUGACCCAUACUCCGGACCCACAUGCAACGAGAUCGACAUCACUGCCCUUUCAAACGCCGACGUCACAAGUACAAAUGCAGAAGACGUUGCCCAGUCAUUCAACAAAGCGGCGCAAGAUCCGUCGACCCUCGAGGUCAACGACAUUUCGAAUUUUGCCAAGUUGACAUCAGAAUUGUUUGGUGUGGGUGACUUGUCCCAUGUGGCAAUUGACAAUACGUUUGAUGCUUUGAGUUCACUACUUGGGACGCCCACUGAAGUGCUGGAUGCUGCUCAUAAUCGGGAUAAUUCGUCAGCGAUGUUGUCACAGUCGUUGGAGACGUUUGGAGAACAUGUGCUACGACCUGAGAUGGAGAGAACGGAAAUUUCAAAAGGCAAUAUUGCUCUAACUGCCGAGCUCUUCAAGCAUCAACUAUCAUCAUCCGGUCACUACCUAACCUUCCAAAUCAUUGGAAAACGUACAUUGCCUGAGUCAGAGUCUCUAUCACUGUCACCCAUUUCCGGCAUUAACAGCAUUAAGACACAACCCAAACAGCAGGUGUAUGGCAUUCUACAGUUACCAAAGUCACUGUUGUCUGACAUCACCACUGCCAAGCCUUUUGUGUUGAACACUGUUGCAUUCAGAGACUCAAGAUUUUUUCCGGGUUUACUUCCUGUUGGUUCGGUUGUCAACUCUCUGGUUUUGUCGGUGAGAUUGAAUAGUAGCAGCACUCGUCAUCUUCGGGAGCCUGUGACGUUUAGUUUGAGACUGGAGGCUCAUUCGAGUAAUGUGACGAGGCCGCAGUGUGUUUGGUGGGACUACACGGCGCAUAAUAAGAAAGGCAACUGGUCUACUGCAGGUUGUACCACACUUUUGUCUUCUCUAACAAAGGACGGCCACGGGUACGUAAACUGCAGCUGCACACAUCUCACCAACUUUGCGGUCGUUAUUAGAGCUCCAACCGACACGGCCCAAUCAGAUUCAAAGGAUGACAAGAACGAACGUGUACUUCACUACAUCACACUGACAUUUGGUCCUCUAUCUAUGCUCUCUCUGGGUGUGACUAUUUUCCUUAUUCUCACCAUUAAGAUUUUGAGGGAGAACCAGGCCAUGCAGAUCGUCUUGAAUCUUUGCCUUGCUCUCCUCUUAACAUUGCUCUUCUUUGUAAUGGGUAUUGAACGCAGCUCCAACACUAACUGGUGCCGAGCUUCUGCCAUUCUUAUUCAUUUCUUCGCCUUGUCGUCAUUUGCUUGGAUGCUGAUUGAGGGUGUCAACUUCUACUUGCAUAUGGUGCGAGUGUUUAGUUACAGAAGCAAGAAGAUUGUAUUGAAAUAUGCAAUUUUUGGAUGGGGUGUUCCGUUGUUGAUUGUAUUGGCUGCGAUUGUUACUGACGUGCGAUCGGAUGGUGGGGUUUAUGUCAGAGAUGAUGUUUGCUGGAUCUCAAGCAAGGGCUGGUUUUACGGAUCUUUCAUUGCACCCGUGUGUCUGGUACUGCUCGUAAACAUCAUCAUCUUUGUGAUGCUUGCAAAAGUCAUCAGAUCCACUCAGUCAGGAAUCCAAGAAAAAAAUGCGCGAGUACGAAAAUUGAAGAUUUUGUGUGCGGUCGCCAUUCUGAUGGGUUUCCCAUGGCUUUUCCUUGCAUUCGCAUGGGGCGACCAACGUGUCGUCUUUGACUAUUUGUUCACCAUAUUUGCCACCCUACAAGGCUUCAUCAUCUUCCUCUUCAACAUCUUCUUCAAUCGCGAGGUACAAAACAUCAUUUGUGCAGCUCAUUUGAAGGGAGUCCGGAAGGUCGCGAAGGCAUCGAAGAAGCAGCUAGAAGAUAUGGAGUCGAUGGGUAGCGCAUGCGACUCCAUCUCUUCGUCCGGCGAGUAUCUUUUCCAUCAGGAUUCGUCUCCACCUCGAAGGUCAUUUUUGAGUUGGUUUUUCAAGAGUUCAAAGUCGUCACCCAACUCGGAUUUCUCUGUGUCAACGAUGUCAACAUCGGUUGCUUCUAACUCACUGAACAGCAGCCUGAGCAGGAAAAACAGCCACAAGAGCUCUGCAGACAGCACGAAGAUUCUAGUACCCAAACGACGCGAUUCGAAGACUGUGAUGAAGGACAAGCAAGAGGUCUGUCGUCCGGCUGCUAACGAGUCGCCAAUGUCGGAAUUCUCGAUGGCUGCUUCACCGACCGACGCGUUUUCGGAUCUACCCUAUGCCCAUGUCAACACAAAAUUCUAUGAGAAGUCAGAUGGACGUGGAGGAGAAUCGGUGUAGAGACACAUCACAUGUAACUCAUACAAACUGCACUGCAUGGAUAUCUUAUAUCUGUAUCAGUCUAUAGGCAUCUAUCUCUACCAUUAGGGUGUGUGACAGUAUCGAUUGAUAUUAACAUAUUACGUCAUUGCACUCGGAAAUCUGGUGCAAUAUGGU